UAUAUCUUCCUUUGUGCGUGUUUGUUGGUGUGUGUGGUUACAAAACAAAAAAGAAUGUCUUGCAUAUCUGUUUCACUCUCAAAUUCUGUUACUCGAUCCACGCACAAACACACAUGUUCUAAAACCUGGGUCAUCAGAUCGUCUUCAGCUGCUCCUCCCAACGUCGAUUUCACUUCUCUCGAAUCCGCCAUUGCCAAGAAGGAUAGUGAUGCUGUUAAAGAAGCACUUACUCAGCUGUCGGAAACUGGUUGGGCCAAAAAGUGGAAUUCUCAACCUUAUGUUUCCCGUCGCACGACGACUCUCCGUGAGUUGACCACUCUUGGAAUGAAAAAUGCCGAGAACCUGGCAAUACCUAGUGUUAGAAAUGAUGCAGCUUUUCUUUUCACUGUGGUGGGAACUACAGGGUUUCUGGGAACUAUUGCUGGUCAGCUUCCAGGGGAUUGGGGUUUCUUUGUGCCAUAUCUGAUUGGGAGCAUUUCUUUGGUAGUUCUGGCUGUAGGGAGUAUUUCACCUGGGCUUCUUCAGGCUGCAAUAGGUGGAUUCUCAACCUUUUUCCCUGAUUAUCAAGAUAGAAUUGCCCGACAUGAAGCUGCUCAUUUUUUGGUUGCCUACUUACUAGGCCUUCCUAUCCUAGGGUACUCUCUUGAUAUUGGGAAAGAGAAUGUCAAUCUCAUAGAUGAAAGAUUGGAAAAACUCAUAUACAGUGGGCAACUUGAUUCAAAGGAACUUGACAGGUUGGCAGUUGUAGCAAUGGCUGGACUAGCAGCAGAAGGUCUGAAAUACGAUAAAGUGGUGGGCCAAUCUGCUGACCUCUUUACUCUACAGAGAUUUAUAAACAGAAGUAAGCCUCAGCUUAGGACACAGGAACAACAAAAUCUAACUAGAUGGGCAGUUUUGUUUGCAGGGUCAUUGCUGAAAAACAACCAGGCACUUCAUGAAGCAGUAAUGUCCGCAAUGUCAAAGAAGGCAAGUGUGCUAGAAUGCAUUGAAGCAAUUGAGAAGGCGACUACAUGAUUCCAUAGCUGGAAUUCAUUUGACAGAUUCAUUAUUUGUAAAAGUUAAAUGGAAAUUGAUCUGUUGUAUAUGUUCGAUUAAACUUGAAGGCUGAAUACCUGAAAGCAGAACAACCUGAACUCCCAAAUCACUAAUACAAAAAGUUGAUAUAUAUUGAUGAACUAAAA